AUGGCGAGGCUCAAAACGAACAGAUACUUCAUGUUCCGUUUAGUAAUCUUCUUUUGUAUCUGCCUUGACACAACUACUUCUGUAUAUAUCCGGCUUCCUUAUAUUACUGCAGAGUUAGCAGCUCCUCCCGAGUUAGACGGUGAGAAUCAUAGUGCCGCCCGACUGAAAGUUAACAGCUCCUCCCGACGUAACUAUGAAUCGAGAGUGCAGUUGGUCUUCUUCCUCGCACGAAGUUUUCUCGAAGCAAAUAAGCCUUUUUUUCCUAUAGCUCGUGGAAUCCUAUCUCCUGCUCAGAAAUUUGUGGAAGGGGUAACCAACAAGAGAUCCUCGCAUCACAAGGCCGUUCUUUGUUUGAUCCACUGCCACCGCGUGAUAGGAAGAAUCAGAAAGCUGAUAUUGCAUCAUGGUCCAGCUACUGGAAAAGAGCUAAAGGAUACUACAAAAGAAAUAAGAAAGAGAGAUGAUGCUAUAUAUUGCAAAAACGAAGGUAAGAACUAUCACAGUUUCGUGUCUAGUUGAAAUGGAUCGACACAAACAUGGAUUUUAGUUAUAUUUGACUAUAAUUUACUUUGAUUUGAUAUUGCACAUUAUUCACUUGUAUAUUUAGUUUAAUAUUUUUAUUAAUGUAGAAUUUGCUAUAAUUUACUAGUUGAUGUAUUAUGUACUAUGUUGUCCUAUAAUUCUAGUGGUUCUUGUUUGCAAUGAUAUUUGAUAUUUGUUUUUUGCCUAAAUGAAAAGGGUUAUGACACAUCAUAAAUUAUUUAAUUAUUAUAUUUUCUUUUUCACAGGUUGACGUUGAAGAAUGAAACUCAAACAUAGUU